GCUCUAGCGCAGCGCAGCGGGUGGAGCCCAGCCUUCCACCUCCCUCCCCCUCACCAGGAGGCCAGGGCGGGCCAGGCACCCACGGAGGAGGCGGUGUCCCUGGCUUCCUGCCCAAGGUGCAGCAGCUAGGCAAGGCGGGGCUGCACCAGCAGGGGCGGGACACCCUGCCUGGUAUUAUAAGAGACGGUCAGGGCACUUCAGCAAUGAGCUCCCAGCUCGGCUUAGCAGCAGGACGCUGGCCACAGGCGCUCCCUGUUCCCCUGGUCCAGCCAAGCACUCUGCUGCUGCUAUGGUCUCCACACCCGCCGCCUGGUGCUCCAUCGCUCUGGCCCUGCUUUUGGCCCUACAUGAAGGGAAGGGCCAGGCAGCUGCCACUCUGGAGCAGCCAGCCCCGGCACCCAAGGGCCGCGGCCCCCACCUGCGUUUUCGCCGUUGCUCCUGCAACUCCUGGCUUGACAAGGAGUGUGUGUACUUCUGCCACCUGGACAUCAUCUGGGUGAACACUGCAGGACAGACAGCUCCCUACGGCCUGGGAAACCCGCCAAGGCGCCGGCGCCGCUCCCUGCCAAGGCGCUGUGAGUGCUCUACUGCUGGGGACUCUGCCUGUGUCACCUUCUGCCAUCAAAGACCGUGGCCUGAAACUGUGGUCACCCCAAGCAGCCAAGCUCACGGGGCCGUGUUAAAGACUGCCAGGAAGUGGGCCACUGAGGGAGACCUCCUCCGAAAGCUAAGGGACAUUUCUGCCACCAAGCUCCGCUUUCCCAGGCUACAGCCAGAGGUGACAAGAGAGUCCAGUCCUGCACACUCUAGACGGAGGAAGAGAUAACCCUGUGAGCCAUGGGACCAUUAAGAAGGAAGCUCACAUGGAGACAGGAGGAAAUGGGCAGCCAGUGGGAGACCCUGUACCUGGCUUCUGGGCCAAGACCUCAGCCCCAGCUAGCCAGACCCAUCAGAUGGGUCCAGCACAAGCUC